CGCGACAAAUAAAUACGUGGUACUCAGCUUUUAAGAAAAACUUUUUUUUUACUAUUAUUAUUAUUCAUUAAACACCAUGGCUAACCAACAUUUAACCGACGAUUGUCUUUUCUGUAAAAUUAUCAGAGGCGAGAUUCCUUCUUGUAAAAUUGCUGAAACCGAUAAGAGUUACUGCUUCCUUGACAUCAACCCCUUGAGUGAAGGUCACGCUCUUGUUAUCCCCAAAUUUCACGCAGAAUUCUUGCACCAAGUUCCAGAUGACAUUCUUGCCGAUAUGUUACCUUUAGCUAAAAAGGUUGCGCUUGCAAGUGGAUUAGAUGCCAGUCAAUACAAUAUUUUGCAGAAUAAUGGACCUUUAGCCCAUCAGGUUGUAAAACAUGUUCAUUUCCAUAUUAUCCCCAAGCCUGAUGCCAAACAAGGACUUCAAAUUGGUUGGCCCCAACAAGUUAUCUCUCAAGAUGAUCUCAAAACCACAUUGGGCCGUAUUAAGGAAAAGCUUUAAAAAAAAAAAAACCGUGUAAGGUCACCGUGUAAAUCUUCAUAAAACAAACAUUUUGAUUGGAGAAAACCGUGGGUAAAGUGACUGUUUCUCCACUUUUUUUUUUUUUUUGGAAAAAAAAAAUAAAUUUUGCCGAAAAAAUUGUGUACCUUA